AUGUGCCUCUUUAUUUGUGUCGGCGCCAACCCCCAAACGUUUGCCAACACCAGCGCCCUUAUCACCUGCGUCAAGAACUUCCCGACAAACCGUGGCAUCGUCAUCGGCCUCCUCAAGGGCUUCGUCGGCCUGAGUGGUGCCAUCACCACACAACUCUGCUUCGCCUUCCCUAUGAUCCUGACCAACGUCUCCUACUACGAUCUCCACCUUACCGGCCAUCUGGGCGAUCUCCACCUCGCCGACGCCACCCUCGUCAACUCCUGGGGCACAAUCACCGGAUUUUCUCUCAAGGUUGGCUUGAGUGGGGCUCUUGAGACUCUAUGUAGCCAAGCAUAUGGCACAAUGCUCUACAAAAUGUUGGGAAUAUACCUCCAAUCCUCAAUCAUCAUCUCCAUCUUCUUCUCCAUCUUGGUCUCCGUCUCAUGGUACUUCUCAGAGCCCAUACACAUUUGGCUUCACCAGGAGCCCCAAGUGGCAAACAUGGCCACCCUCUAUCUCCAGUGCCUGAUCCCAGGCCUCUACGCAUAUGCACUCUCGCAGUGCAUGCUGAGGUUUCUACAUACUCAAACAGUUGUGAUCCCUUUGGUGGUAUGCUCAGUGGUUCCACUUCUUAUCAAUGUAGGCUUGGCUUAUGUGACUGUUCAUGUCUUAGAACUUGGGUUUAAGGGCGUUGCACUCUCUGCAUCUGUUUCAAUCUGGAUAUCCUUCGUUAUGUUGGCGAUCUACGUGAAGUACUCCAACAAGUUUAGGAGAUUCAGAGAUUGA